AUGGCUUAUUUUCUUUCCUCAGCGGUCCGACUGAGGAAUGGCCCAAAUCGCUGCUCUGGGCAGAUUGAGGUGUUUCAAAACUCACAGUGGGGGACUGUGUGUGAAUCUGAAUGGGAUUCCCAUGAUGCUCAAGUUGUAUGCAGAGAAUUGAACUGUGGAGAUGCCGUCAAUGCUUCAGGGAGAGCACGGUAUAGCCAUGGAUCUGGCCCCAUUUGGCUGGAGGGAUUUAACUGUACAGGAAAAGAGGCAUCCCUGAGGGAAUGUCCCCAAAGUCCAUGGAGAGAACACAGCUGCAACCAUAACCAGGAUGCCAGUGUGGAAUGUUCAUGGAGGCUCAGAUUGGUGAAUGGUUCAAGCCGCUGUUCUGGGAGAGUUGAGGUGUUCCACAACCAACAUUGGGAAGCCAUUUGUGAGCAUGACUGGGAUCUGGAUAAAGCCCAUGUUGUUUGCAGGGAAGUGGACUGUGGAGAGGCCUUAUCAGCUACAGGAGGAUCUUAUUUUGGAAGUGGAAGUGGCCACAUCCGGCUACACUUGGGUUACUGUGAGGGACAGGACACUGCCUUUUUUGAUUGUGAAUUAAGAGACAGGGGAGAUCAAAGCUGUGCCAGUAAGGGAGCUGCUGGUGUUAUAUGCUCAGAGCUCCGUCUAGUGAAUGGCCCACAUCGCUGUUCUGGGAGGAUUGAGGUGUUGCACAACGAACUGUGGGGGACCGUGUGUGGUGCUGGCUGGGACACACAAAAUGCCGAAGUUGUAUGCAGACAACUGGGCUGUGGAAACGUUGUUAAAAUAUCAAAUGGAGCCCUAUUUGGCCAAGGAUCGGGCCCCAUCUGGUUGGAGAGAGUGAACUGUUCAGGAAAAGAAGCAUCUCUGAGUGAAUGCCACCAAGGCCCCUGGGGAGAGCACAGCUGUGACCACAGCCAGGAUGUGAGUGUGGAGUGCUCAGGCCAGGUCAGAUUGGUCAAUGGUUCCAGCCAUUGUUCUGGGAGAGUUGAGGUGCUCUACAAGCAGCACUGG